UAGAACUAAUAGAACAAAGCGCCACCAUUAGUAAAUAGCUGGUGGCUGAACUGGAACGAAAACUUAUCAUGGCGACCACCACGGAAGUAGAAGAGGUUUAGAUAGCUUAGCUUUUUCACUCGUUUUAAAUAAACUACUUGAAUCACCUCUAGAAUAGUUCAGCCUUUACUGAGAUUUUAAAGAUGACCACAGAAACUGAAACAGAAGAACGAAUUCGGAACAGCUUUGGUGGUGUGCUGCCUAAGCAACCAAUUCCACGGAGUAUGGCACGUCUCACCCGUCAGGACAGGGCACACAGUGAUCCUAACUUAGCCAGAAGCUCAUUCCAAGGUCUUUCAAGUUUAUCCGUUAGCAAGCAAGAGAUUACAUUAGGACAUGGUGAUAGUCUUAUUGUUUAUUGGGACAUCAAAGAAGAUAUCUGUGCUACAGAUUGGAUUGGACUGUAUCAUUCUGAGGAGAUGAACCCAUCAAAUUUUAUUGACUUUCAAAACCGAGGAGUGACUGGAACCCGCAAAGGACAGAUGGUGUGGGACCUAGAUAGAAAUACAAACUUCCGAAAGGCUGUGACAAAGGUGUGCUAUAGGUAUUACCAUGGUAACUCAGGUGAACUACGCGCAGUCUCGCCCAUUAUAACUAUCUUCAAUCACGACGGGCGUAACGACAGCUUUGAUUCUAGCUCAGAUGAUUUAGAAGCAGAUGAUCACCUUUAUACAAUUACAGUAUCAAAAGUUUAUGCUGAGAAUCUAAAAAAGGGAAUGUUCUUCAACCCUGAUCCUUACGUAAAGUUGUCGGUGAAACCUGUACGCAAGAAAAGCCCGAAGCUAAACCAUCAUGAGCAGCAUUAUAGGACUGCAACCGCGCAGAAUACGGUCAUGCCAUCAUGGGAAAAUCAGACAUUUAAGUUGCAAGCACUUUUAACCGAUUCGAUUGAGUUUGAGGUGAAGGAUAAAUUUACAAAGAGUCGGCCUAUCAUCAGCCGUUUCCUUGGCAAAGUCACCAUGACUGUUGAAACCAUCUUACAACGAGUAGCAGAAAACAAUCAUUCUGUCCAUGUCAAUUUAAACAAGCAUCACCCCUCGGAUCCUAUCACCGGAACUCUUUCAUUCCACAUCCACUUAGAAGAAUCUGAAAAUGAUAUUAUUGUUCCAAAUGGUAAUCUAUCAAGAGCUUCUUCAACGAGAUCUGUUAGUCGUUCGGUAUCUGUACCACAACUCAUGCUACCUGUAUUCGACUCAGCUGGUAACAUCAGACCGAGAUCUCCAACGGCGCAAUCCCAUAAUGCUGCUCAUUCUAGUAGCGAGAAUCAUGAACAAGUAAAUCAUUCUCACCAUGAUAGGUCCAGUGACCCAUCAAGUAAUAGUGACCCGGAAGAGCCACUUACCCCGAAUACGCAACCGUCCACCAGUGAUGUAACACAUGAAGAAUUGUCACAUGCAGCCGGAGACUCUAGUAAGAGUCUGGCUGACGUUCAAAGCAUUGCUUGCAUCUCAUCACAUUAUCAGAUUGCAGGAAAUGCGAGUAAUAUCACUAAUGAAACAACCAGACCGAAUGUUGAUGAUUUGCCUCAAAGUGUUGACAGUGGAUCCAACGCAGGAAGUAAAGUAGGCUCGGAAGUUCUUCAGAGUAAUGCACCAGGCCACUUAGUGGAGACAACCACCAUUAGGAACGAGUCAACGAAAGGGUUUGAAACAACUACCCAGUCUACAGAUGAACAGUCACCCCCCUCACUUGAAGAGACAUCCUUGAUCCCUGGCGCUCUAGCUCAGAAUGACUCACAAAAAGAGAGGGUAGAGAGGGCAACUGAAGGUCAACCUACCGUACAUCCGACUAGUGCAGCAGAAAUAGAAAUGAGUACUGAUACAGAAAAUCCUCAAGGUCAACAUAAGCCAGACCAAAACAGUGAUUAUGAAAUGAGCAUAAACAAGAACCUAGAGAACUUAGAACUAAUGAAUGAUACAGUAAAAGAGGCUGUCAGCAAUGGAGAUGCAGAAAAUGUCAAAGACCAGCGUCAUCGUACAGAGAGCGACAUCAAAUUGCAACUGGAAAUCCAGGAAGAGAUCAGAAAAUUACGGAUGAGGUCCUGGAGUAAUCCAGCAGAAGGGAGCUCUUCACCAAGCCCGUCCACAGCUACUCCACAGGAAACGAAUUCUACCCCUGAGGCUUCCAAUGUUAAUGCUGCUGUAGCUAAGUCUGACUCUGGUCAAAAGGAUCCAUCACAAACAAUUGAGAACCCCAUAUUAGCAGCUAAAGCAUCAGAACAGAAUAAUAGACUAGAUACAACACCUAUACAAAAUGGUGCUCAUGAAACUGAAAAUCCAACCUCUACAAAUACCCAAGAGACUGUCAAUGAAGUUACUGGGCCAUCAAUGGAUAACACUGAUAUGGAACAGGCAACAACAUCCAAUAACAUGGCAUCUGCGAAACAGGAAAUGCAACGCAGACGGGCACAAAGGCAACACAGUAAAGAUUCCAUCUGGCAUCGUAGGCAGAACCAGCCUGCCAAGCCAAAAUUAACAGUGAAUAUUAAGACCGCCACAGAGGCACGUAAUGAAAGCGAUACCCCCACACCACUUCCAACACCCCAGAAAUUCACUUACCAGAGAUAUGAGGCCACCGGUGAUGAGGAGCCUUUACCAGGAAAUUGGGAAGCUAGAAUAGAUCAAUAUAACCGUGUAUUUUACAUCGAUCAUGUGAAUCGUACAACAACGUGGUCUAAACCAACCUUGAAUAAAGAAAGCAGAAGACAGCAACAAUCCACAGACUCUCAUCAAAGCAGACAACAGUUAGAAAGAAGAUAUCAGAGUUUCCGAAGGACAUUACAGGACCGAACUGAGAGGAGAUCCGCGAUUUCUGUUGUCGAGGAAACUCCGCAACCUUCUAACACAGAUCAAACUGAUUCGUCACGAACUGAAGAACCUCCGGCAGUGCCCACAAUUGCUUCUACCAAUGCCAAUAAAUCCGUAUUGGAAGCACCGGCAGUGCAGUUCAUUACCCGGCGGGAUUUUUUUAACUACCUCCAUGCAAACAAGCAAGCUUUUAAUAUGUACCAGAAGAAUUCCUCAUUAAAGCACAUGGUUAACAAAAUACGCAGGGAUAGAAACAAGUUUUCAGACUACCAACACAAUCGGGAUUUGGUUGCGCUUCUGAAUCUGUUUAGUGACAAACGAGCGGAGUUACCAAGGGGAUGGGAAAAGAAAAAAGACAAAUCUAGCAAGAAUUUCUUUAUAAACCACACGCAACGAACAACAACAUUUAUAGAUCCACGUCUUCCAGUGGAGCCAUCUGGAGAUGAUGGUGCUAAUCUUCUACACCUUCCACUGACGCAUCGGGAGAGGAGCCGCAGUGAGGGUGAAGAUGAUGUCAGGAGUACUGCUGCUAGGAUGAAUCCAGGGGCCUCAAACCAUUCUUCAGGUGUAGGUCCACCAGUACAACCAAGACCGAUUGAAACACUUAGUGGCUCAUCAUUAAGCUAUCCCCUGGAACAAAAACCACUAGCUUACAAUGAAAAGAUAGUUGCUUUUCUUAGACAGCCAAAUAUUUCAGAUAUUUUGAAGGAGAGGCAAGCAGAAUUAGCAUCAAAUCCAAAGUUAAGAGAUAAACUAUCACUUAUACGGCAGGAAGGAAUUGAUGCCUUACACCGUCUUAGUAACGACAUUGAGCUGAAUUUGUUGUUAAGUUUAUUUCAGGAUGAUAUUGAGACGUACACUCCAAUCGCCACUCUUCCGCACUCUUCUACUUUAGCGUCAUCGAUUCAAGAACCACGCCACACAUCUCCCAAAGGAUCACCUGUUGUACCCAGAGCCAAUGCAAGAGCUCCUGCUCCAUAUCGCAGGGACUUUGAUGCAAAACUUAGGAGUUUCUACAAGAAAUUGGAAAGCAAAGGAUACGGGCAAGGUCCAACCAAACUGAAAAUCACAAUAAGACGGGAACAUCUACUGGAAGAUGCCUUUGGAAAGAUUUCUGCAAUAACGCACAAGGAUAUUAGAAAGUGCAAAUUAUUUAUCUGUUUUGCUGGCGAGGAAGGACUUGAUUAUGGAGGUCCAUCACGAGAGUUCUUCUUCUUACUAUCAAGGCAACUCUUUAAUCCGUACUAUGGCUUGUUUGAGUAUUCCGCAAACGAUACGUAUACUGUUCAGAUCAGUCCUAUGUCCGCAUUUGUUGACAACCACAUGGAAUGGUUCCGCUUCUGUGGGCGAGUCAUCGGUCUUUCUAUAAUUCAUCAUUACCUUCUGGAUGCUUUCUUCACACGACCUUUCUACAAAGCAUUGUUAAAGCAACCCUGUACGCUGAGUGACCUGGAGUCUCUAGAUAGUGGCUUCCAUCAGAGUCUUUUAUGGAUGAAAGACAACGACAUCACAGAGGCAUUAGAUGAUCUCACUUUCACAGUGGAUGAGGAAGUCUUUGGUCAAGUUGUUGAGAGAGAGUUAAAAGCCAAUGGUAAAAACAUCCCAGUCACAGAAAAGAAUAAAAAAGAGUACAUAGAACGAAUGGUGAAGUGGAGGAUAGAACGAGGCGUAUCGGAACAAACAGAUACACUUGUACGAGGGUUCUAUGAAGUUGUUGAUUCCAGGCUGAUUUCAGUGUUUGAUGCACGUGAACUGGAGUUGGUAAUUGCUGGCACUGCAGAGAUUGAUAUCAUUGACUGGCGAAAAAACACAGAGUACAGAGGCGGAUACCAAGAUAGGCAUCAUGUGAUUGAGUGGUUUUGGAUGGCAGUGGACCGGUUUGAUAAUGAGAGACGGCUGCGUCUACUUCAGUUUGUCACUGGUACAUCUAGUAUACCUUAUGAAGGAUUUGCAGCCCUUCGUGGCAGCAAUGGACCCCGCAAGUUCUGUAUUGAGAAAUGGGGCAAAGCAACUAGCCUUCCAAGGGCUCACACAUGUUUUAACCGCCUUGAUCUUCCACCAUACACAUCAUACGCCAUGCUCUUAGAGAAGCUUGUCAUCGCAGUUGAAGAAACCAGCACGUUUAGUAUCGACUAGUUCUUACUGCAAGUGUGCACCCGAUCAAAUAGCAUAUUGUAUUCAAAACAUGCAUGGAAUUAUGCGAUUUCUGAGGGUUACUAGUAAGAGUUUGACGACAAUGAUGUCAUCUUGAGGCAUACUAAGCUCUACAUUCAUAUUUUGUAAUUUUUAACAUAAUUUGACAUUUGAAAUUGAACUAAGCAGCUAAUAUCUACCAAAACUGUAUUGAGUUCUUUAACUAAGAAUUAUUUGAACUAAUGCAACGUUUAACAUAACUACACAUGCACUUAAUUAUACCAACUAUCAUAGUGAUUAGCUCUAGUAUGUAUCAGAUAAGAAUAGCACCACCCUCAUCAUCCCUAUCAUCAUCAUUGUCAUCAUCAUCCUUCUUUAUCUUCUUUCCAUCCUCCUUUCCCUCUAUUUCAUCAUUAUCAUUAUUACCGUCAUAUUUUCGUCAUAUGAUCAUAUUCACACAUCAUCUUUAUCUUCCUCAUUGUCAUCAUUCUUAUCACUGUCAUCAUCUUCAUCAUUUUCAUCUUUAUCAUCUUCAUUAUCCAUAACACAUUGUAACAAAUCACAUUUUACUACCAUACAGCCAGAAGUCAUUUCAUACUGGAAAACCAAUUUAAUAUGGAAAAUAAUGUAUUGUCUAUUAUAUGAUAUACUGUAUUCAUUUAUUAAUCAGUUAAAAGAUAAGAUUUAUUUUUUGAAUGGAAUUUGUCUUUAUUAGUUAUUUAAUAUAUUGCCAAAUAACUUGUGUGGUAUAAUAACCAACAUCACAGGGUACUGAAAUGUCUUCUAAUAUUUAAACAAUCAGAAUUGUGAAAACUAGAGAUCAUAUAUUAUUACUUCAUAUGUAUAUAUAUCUGUACCACUACAUUUCUUUAACUUUACAAAUUUCUGCAACAUUACAGCACUUGUAUUACAACACUGUAGCAAUACAGUCUGUAAAUCUAACAUCACUGCAACACUACAGUAAUUUUGCUCUGUCAUCUGUGGCACUACAUUAUUGCGACGCUACAGUCAUACAACACAACAGUGAAACUACAUUAAGUCCACAACACAAGACAAGUACUACUGGUACUUGUAAUUGUAGCUGUCUACAGCAAUGUAGUAACACUAUGGUCUGUAGCACUAAAUUAAUGUGACAUCACAGUAACACGACAAUUACACUUCAAUCCCCUUACACCACUGUAACAUUACUAUGCUGUGGUGCUACAGUGGUUGUGGUCUUUGAGUAUAUAGUUUUCCUACAAAGGUCAGAUUGUUAUCUUGUAUAUUGUUAUCACUUUCUUUAAUUUGAAAUGAUUACAGAUAAAAUUGAUUAUAGCAAUCUUGCAUUUGAUAUCAUCAUCAUUUUAUAAUUAUCAAAAAAGUUACUUUAAUUGUAGCAUUGUAUAUAACCCCUCCCUUCCAUAUUUGCAUGAAAUUAUAAAAUUGAUAUGGAUUAUAGUAUCGUGAAAUUUGUUGUUAUAUCUACUCUUUGGCAGCCUGUAGAGGGCUGCAUCUGAUGUGGGUCUUUAUCUAUGCACAUGUUCAUUUUUGUAUUGUGUUAAUAAAAUUCUUUCAUAAUAAAAAUUAAAUUAAAAGCCCAAUAGAUAGGUGUUGAUAUAUUGAUUUAUAUUUAAUAUCCUGUAUUUAUAUUGUGUUGAAUUAAAUAUUUACCUGUAAAGUGCAUCUUAAGCUCAGUUUUUAAGUUAAGAUUUUCUGAAGACCACAUCAUUUGGUUACUGUAAUUUAGAAAUUAUUCAAUUCCUUAAAAUCCAAUUUAGUGGUUUAUUUUUUUAUAAUCAGAAGUAAGCACAUAUUUCAUUAGAAAUAAAAUAGUCUUGUAGAUGCAAACAGCUAACAGCAGCAUCAAAGUCCACAUUUGAUAUGUAAAUAUAGUUUAUAAAAGUAGACAAAUGAUAUGUUAGAUAUCCUUGAUUUCUAAAUAAUUAUAAAGAGUAUAGGCCAUCCUCUAACUAAAGACCCCUCCAAUUAAAGACCACAUUUCUGUAGUCCCAGAUUAACAAAUGUCUUUUAUCUUUAUUAUUAUUAUUAUUA